AUGCAGACUGCCGUGGCGGUCCUCGUAUCAGGCGUGGUGGCGCUGUUCGGUGUGACGAGCGCCGUGCUGGGGUUCAUAGCCGAGGCCAACAGGCUCAAACCGGAUGAAAUCUACGUGUCUGGUAGCGACUGCGUGUAUCCGGCCAACCCCGCUCACACGCUGGGGUUCUGUGCCAUCCUCCUGCUUGUGGUGGCCCAGAUCAUCGCCUCGGCGGCCGGCGGCUGUUGCAGUUGUUGCAGGCCACCGGGCGGGGCUUCUUAUUCCAACUCCACUACCACUGGGCGACGAGUCGUGGGCGUCGUCGCCUCUGUCCUCUCAUGGGUAGCGGCGUUGAUCGCUGCGGUUUUCUACUUGGUAGGCGUGAUGUUAAACGCGCCCACGAUGCGCGAAGCCAAAUUUACGGGCCCAAUCGAGGAGUGUUCCGUACUCAAGGGCGGUGUCUUCGUCAGGGUGGCCGUGCUUAGCCUCGUUGCCACCUCGCUUGGGAUCAUGUCCUGUGUCUUGCUCCGCCUGCCGGCGGUUACGGACGCGCCGCCAGAACAAGGCCAGCAUGCGGUCGGGCUGCCGCAGUGGCUCGCUCAGGGGUUCGGGCAUCCGUACCCUACGCAAGGGUAUGGUCAGGCAUCGGACCCAAAGUUCGCUCCUCCUUCUCAGGGUUAG